AUGCGUGUCGCCGUGAGAGAAGUUGCUAAAAGGUUCCCAACUGCCAUUAUUAGUGGGAGAAGUCGGCAGAAAGUGUCUAACUUUGUUAAGUUAGAAGAAAUAUACUAUGCGGGGAGUCAUGGCAUGGACAUUAUAGGUCCACCCACCAAAAACAAUACUUAUAGUGGGAAAUAUAGAUCCGAUAGAACUGAUGAAAAGGGAAAUCAGUAUAUCAUUUUCCGACCGGCGGAAGAAUAUCUUCCUUCCAUUAAAGCUAUAAAAGCUCAAAUGGAGGAGGGGAUGAAAGAUAUACCUGGUUCAUUAAUAGAAGACAAUAGAUAUUGUCUCUCUAUCCACUACCGACACGUGAAUGAAAAGGAUCUUAGCACUCUACAGAACAGAGUGCAAUCGAUAUUAAAAAAUUGGCCAAUGUUUCACACAACUGGGGGAAUAAAAGUGACUGAGAUAAGGCCCUCCAUAAAGUGGGAUAAGGGCGAUGCCCUUAAAUACUUGUUGGAGACGUUUAAGGACAUCUCCAACUCCAGCAAAGAUUUAAUCCCUAUAUAUAUUGGAGAUGACCGAACAGAUGAAGAUGCAUUCACG